AUGAAUCACAGUGUCUGUAAAGAGUGUCUUCAUCAGUUCUGGAGAACCAAAGGAACUCAGGAGUGUCCCGUCUGCAGGAGAAGAUCCUCAAAACACGAUCCUCCAGUUAAUCUAGUGUUAAAAAACCUGUGCGAGUCGUUCCUGAAGGAGAGGAAUGAGGUUAGUUCAUCAGGAUCUGAGGAGAUCUGCAGUUUACACAGUGAGAAACUCAAACUCUUCUGUUUGGAGGACAAACAGCCGUCUCAAGCUGAUCACACGGAGCGUCAGAUUAAACAGCAGUUUGAGAAGCUUCAUCAGUUUCUCAGAGAUGAAGAAGAAGCUACAAUCACUGCACUGAGAGAGGAAGAGGAGCAGAAGAAGCAGAUGAUGAAGGAGAAGCUGGAGGAGAUCAACACACACAUCUCAGCUCUUUCACACUCAAUCAGAGACACGGAGGAGAUGAUGAACGCCAGUGACGUCUGCUUUCUGAAGAAGUUUCCAGUCUCAAUGGAAAGGUGAGUGAUAUCCUUCU